GGCUGUCGCCCGACAUGAGCUCGUUCUCCUUCCUUGAUUCCCCCGACCACACCAAGCUCGGGGACUCGCUCAACUCGUCAGGUAGGUCAAGUAGACAGUUUAUUAUUUUGGCAUUUUUGACCAUUUUUCCAAUUUUUGUCUAUAAUUUUUAAUUUUAUAUUAGAGUUAUCAUGCUGAAGCUAUUUUUUAGAAGUACUCUUAAAAAUAUAUGUUCGGGGCAAGACGCUGGUUUCAAAUCGAACCUCUAAAGAGUGUCUGAAGUCUUUGAAAGUAUUUAAACAUUUCACCCCCCCCCCCCAACACACACACACAAGACGUAAUAAACGCCACGGUAAUAAAUUAGUUUUAAAAAAUAAAUGCAGGCAACGUAAUAUCGAAUUAUGAACUAAAAAUGUCAGUGGAUACUAACAGUGAAAUAUCCGACAGGAAACUGAAAUUAUUUUCAGAUCAUCAGCUUAAAAACGAUAGUAGUACAAAUGUUGCAACUAAACUGAGUAUUUAAAUACACACAAUAAAUUAAGACAAAUGUCCUAUCAUCGAUUUGAUCAGGACAUUGCUAUACACACCAUGUACAAUAAAACUAUCAAUUUAGUAUACAAUUAUUUUUUUUACUAGCGCCCCCCCCCCCCCCGCUUUUUGGGGUCUAAACUCAAACAUAAAUUUAAGACCCUUAUAGAACACACACAUAUAUUAGAUCAAAAUUACUUCACGCUAAAUGUCAACAUGUUAAUCGUUUUUAACUAAAAAAAUCCUGAAUAAUGUCUUUAAAGGCAGAAAAUGUUGGAUUAUUUUCAUCGUUGGUUUUAUUUGAAAAAUGAAGUUUCUUCAAUGUUUGGAGUGCAAGGUGAAUGAUGGGUUUGAAAUGAAGAUAUCGUGAGGAUAAUAACGGGAUAUCUACUUGCGAACUUUGAAUUACCGUAUUUUAUGGACUGUAAGACGUAACUUUUUUUUUCUUCGAAAAAUUGCCUCCAAAAUUUCAGGUGCGUCUUAUACUCGAAAUUAAUAUAAAAAUGGAAAAAAAUGUUAUUUAAAAAAAUAAAUAAAAAUGCUUCAAAAUUAAGGCGCGUCUUAUAAUCCGUAAAAUACGGUGAGUAAUCAAACAAGUACAUGGGCUUCCGCGGGAUUUAUUUGCAAGGGACUUUGUGGGGGGGGGGGGGGGGGGGGAGGGUCAUAUCACAAUCAUAAAUUAAAGUGUUAACGUUAAAGGGAAAUGGAAACUCACACAUCUGGCAGUAUGAUAAUGUCAUGUCGUAUAAUAUCUUAAAAAAAAAAACAAACUUUCUGGACCUUUCUUGACCUUGCGCGUUUGUCCUUGGCUGCGGGUGAAGCAGAAUGGCUCUACUUUGUGUGUCCCAAUGAAAGGUGUCAAAUACGUCGUUUCCAGAGAACUGAGUUUAUGGUUCUACUUUGUGUGUCCCAACGAAAGGUGUCAAAUACGUCGUUUCCAGCGAAUUGAGUUUAUUCGACCUGAUUCAAACGUCUUUUUAGGUAUUUGACUUUAAAUCAACCACAAUAUCGUUUAGUCGAUGGAACUGAUUGUGCUCGUAUCAAAAUAUAAAAUACACCAAGUUCUUUCUAAUAACAAAAAAAAACAAAAAAUGGUGUUUCAAAAAAAAAAAAGAAAAAGAUUAUGGCGUAGUUAAAAAAACUGUUACAUGAAAAGCAAAGACGGACCAACGCUCAGUGUACUAUAUUAAAUGGUUCAACUAUAUUGAAUGGUUCAAUUAUAUUGAAUGGUUCAACUAUAUUAAAUGUUUUCAACUAUAUUGAAUGGUUCAACUAUAUUAAAUCGUUCAACUAUAUUGAGUGGUUCAACUAUAAUGAAUGGUUCAAAUAUAUUGAAUGGUUCAAAUCUAUUGAAUGGUUCAACUAUAGUGAAUGUUUCAACUAUAUAAAUUGUUCAACUAUAGUAAAUGGUUCAACUAUAUUAAAUGGUUCAACUAUAUUAAAAACAACAACAACAAUUCAUUAAGUUGUUACAUAAAUCAAUGACAUAGAUCGCCAGGUGAGUGAUACCAGAUCAUGUCAGAACAUCCCCCCCCCCCAAAAGCACUGGUGACUAACCAUUUCAGGACAUCUCCACCUCCCAGGCCUGUUCUUAGGCAUACGCUGACUACGCAUCUGCGUAGGGCCCCGAACGUGAGGGGGCCCCCGCAGGGCCGCUUAACACCUAAGGGAUAUAGCAAUGUUGCACACACCAACAAAUUAUUGAUAGCCGGGGGCCAUCUCCUUCCUCAAAAUAAGGAAAUAAGUGCCACCAGGGCCAUUCCUAGGAAUAUAGGCAAACUAGGCAAGCGCCUAGGGCCCCACUACUACCUGCAUGUCCAUAUAUUUCAGAAGUACACAUUUUCUCUAGUGGCGGAAUUAUCAAUAUGGUUAGUGGUUACACGCGAGCAAAGAGGAAACAUUGAUGGAGGCAGAAUGGAGCUGCCGCAGUGGUGGGUGGUGUUUUCUCCUCAGCUCGAGGGAGCUCCUGCCUUCCGGGGCUCCCAACCUACGCUCCAUGCUUAGGGCCCCCAAACUCCUAAGAACGGCUCUGCGCCCCCCCCAAAGCACUGGUGACUGACCAUGUCAGGACACCCCCCACCCCCCAAAGCACUGGUGACUGACCAUGUCAGGACAUUCCCCCCAGGUGGCACCGAUGACAGUAAAGAUCCAAAUGGCAGCAAGCGACGCCGGACACGGACGAAUUUCACCGGAUGGCAGCUGGAGGAGCUGGAGAAGGCGUUUCAAGACUCACACUACCCGGACGUCUUCAUGAGAGAGGCUCUGGCCCUGAAACUAGACCUGGUGGAAAGCAGAGUUCAGGUGAGUCAGAUUGAUGAUUGGCCCACCUGGCAUCUUGUUCUCUCACUAUAAUUUCUGUAAAUUUUCUCCUCCUGUUUUGCUAUGAAAUAUACCCCCCCCCCAAAAAAAAAAACAACAAAAAAAAAAAAAAAAAAAAUCCCCCCUGGCAUCUUGUUCUCUCACUAUAAUUUCUUUAAAUUUUCUCCCCCUGUUUUGCAAUAAAAUAUACCCCCCCCCCAAAAAAAAAAACAACAAAAAAAACAAAAAAAAAAACAAAACAAAACAACAACAAACAAACAAAAACACAAAAAAAAACUCAUGCACCUUUCCCAAUGGGGAACGUUCAAAUUUUUGUCAAACAGAGUAGCUUGCCCGUGGUUGCCGCCUACUUUUACCAAUUCGGGCUGGUUCCAAAAUCAUGUAUGCUGUUUCUAAACUCGAUUCCACAACAUUAAGUAUAGUUUAAUUAAAACAGACCCAAUAAUAUAGUUUUUAAAAUAAAUUUUAUACCUUUACUCGGAAUAAUUUCUUUUCUCUCCAUUCCCGGCGACGUCAUUCGAUCCAUGUUUACUCAGCCAAAACCAUGACAACCACCAAUGAUAUGAAAGCGGAAAUGAUAUGCACCAUCUCAUUCAUGCUCUUUUCUCCCCGGAGAUAAAUAUGUUUUUCCCUUCGUGAACAUACCCCAUAUCCACAUAAACACAAUCAAAGUUCCCGAAUUUCCGUGCGCCAUUAUUCUGGUCUACAAGUAAGUUUUCACUAUUCAUCAAUGAAAUAGACCGGUGUAGGCCUCUCCUGGCACUACGAUCGCUCUUUCUUCACUUUAAAAAAAUUUGUCUCUUCUUUCUUUUCCCCAAUUAUAGAACUAUAAUAUACACGCUUCUGAGUUGUUUUCGAACCUUUCCCACUAGGACUUAGCCUUCAUUUCCCGUUAGAACUUAUCCUUCAUCUCCCGCUAGAACUUAUCCUUCAUUUCCCGUUAGAACGUAUCCAUCAUUUCUCAUGAGAACUUAUCCUUAACCCCCACCAUAACUUAUCAUUUAUUUUCCACGAGAACUUAUCCUUCAUUUCCCAUUAGAAUUUAUCCUUCAUUUCCCACUAGAACUUAUCUAUCAUUUCUCAUGAGAACUUAUCCUUAACCCCCACCAGAACUUAUCCUUUAUUUUCCACGAGAACUUAUCCUUAAUUUCCCAUUAGAACUUAUCCUUCAUUUCCCACAAGAACUAAUCCUUCAUUUCCCACGAUAACUUAUCCUGCAAGUCCCACGAAAACUUAUCCUUUAUUUUCCAUGAGAACUUAUCCUUCAUUUCCCACUAGAACUUAUCCUUCAUUUCCCACUAGAAAUUAUCCUUCAUUUCCCACUAGAACUUAUCCUUCAUUUCCCACUAGAAAUUAUCCUUCAUUUCCCACUAGAAAUUAUCCUUCAUUUCCCACUAGAAAUUAUCCUUCAUUUCCCACUAGAACUUAUCCUUCAUUUCCCACUAGAAAUUAUCCUUCAUUUCCCACUAGAACUUAUCCUUCAUUUCCCACUAGAAAUUAUCCUUCAUUUCCCACUAGAACUUAUCCUUCAUUUCCCACUAGAAAUUAUCCUUCCCCCCCCCCCCCCCCCCACUGCCCCCAUCCCUUGCCAGCAAAAUAACGCUACAUCCUGUUUUAGCGUGCUCACGUAUCAGUUCCAUCUAGUCUUCACAUUCAAAUAUUAAUCUUUAGAAGAAUUCAUUCACGUGUAAGCAUGAACAAAAAACCCCGACUAUUUGGUUUCUUCUUGGAAAAAAUUCAGGGGUAUUGAGACCUCACAGCUGGGGUGUCACGUUGUUUUCUUAUAUCAUAAGAAUUGUGGGAUUAGAUAUCAAUUGAAUUAUCGGUUAGGAAAUCAAAGCAUUAGUGAAUUUUAAUAUCAAGUUCAUGGCUCCUUUUUGGAUAUCAAAUAAAUUUUAAUUAUAGAUCUCAAAUCAAAUAUUACAGUUGAGAGUAUUAAACUGUAUAGCAAAUGUUUGAGGCAGCAAUUUAUUUUAGCAUUUAGACAGAAAAUAGAUUUGCAAUACACGCCAAUGUUCUUUUCAUUCUUUCUCUCUUCAACAAUGUUUUCAACUGUUAGCUUGAAGACGUUACUGUAGGUUAAGUUAGCUUUAAGACGUUAAUAUAGUUUUAACUUACGAAAUUUCCAUGUCAAUUGAUUUCAAGUAAUUUACUUAAAAAAAAAAACAGCUAGCAAUUGUACAUAGCUAUAACUAAAGUUCGUAAAUCUAUAACAAAAAGCUUGUACAUCUAUAGCUUAAGCUCGUACAGCUAUAACUAAAGUUCGUGCAGCUAUAACUAAAGUUUGUACAGCUAUAACUAAAGUUCGUACGGCCACAACUAAAGUUCGUACGGCUAUAACUAAAGUUCGUACGGCCACAACUAAAGUUCGUACGGCUAUAACUAAAGUUCGUACGGCUAUAACUAAAGUUCGUACGGCCACAACUAAAGUUCGUACGGCUAUAACUAACGUUUGUUGCAUUCUUCCAACGGCAAUCGUAGUCUGUCUUGUAUGCCCGCCAUCUUUCAAUGUUAAACAUAACAGUUAACGAGCGAUUCAAAUAAUGGAUGUGCCACAUAUCACACCAUUAAGUUCUCUUUAAUUUUAAAUCAUCUAAACUCACACACACCAUCCUAGACUCAAACAUCAAUAUCGACUAAUACAUCUUUAUAGAAUCAAACAAUAUAGAAACCACAUAUCAUUCUUAAAAUACAUCAUUAAAACAUCACAUAUUCUUAUGGAAUUACAUACUAUUGUACAAUAACAUACUAUUAUACAAUCAAAUACUAUUAUACAAUCACAUACUGUUAUACAAUCGCAUACUUUUAUAAAAUCACAUAUUAUUAUACAAUUUCAUACUAUUAUACAGUCACAUACUAUUGCCUAAUCACAUAAUAUUAUACAAUCUCAUACUAUUAUACAAUCACAUACUACUAUACAAUCGCAUACUAUUAUACAAUCACAUACUAUUAUACAAUCAUAUACUUUUAUGCAAUCACAUACGAUUAUACAAUCACAUACUAUUAAACAUUCACAUACUAUUAUACAAUAACGUAUCAUAACCAAGAAGAACUUCCAGGAGAGCAGUUCACCCCGUAUCUGAUAUGAUGUCAUCUAGUGGGCACUUAUCUGAUAAUGAUCUUUAGGAGGUCCUCUGAGUACGACCCAUUGGUAGCAUCAUUUGAUUAUUAUAAUUUUAUUAUUUUUAGAGGUAGGGAUGAGGGAGUGGGGUGGAUUGACAUGUAUUAUGGGACAGUUAGAAAAACAAAUGUUUUCCCUUGAAACUUCAAAAAAAAAAAAAAAUAAUAAUUUUUUUUUGCUUGAGCAUUGCUUUUUAUUUUUAUUUUUGAGUAAAGACUGAAAUGAACAAGUAUAUAUGUUCAUAUUUGGAGCGUGUCCGGAAAUUUAUUUGAAAGAAACUUCCUGGACGGAAAAUUGAUCGACGGAGGUUUUUUUUCUUCUUCUUCUUUCCUUCUUUUUUUUUCCUUUUUUUUUCCUUCUUUUUUUUCUUUCCGAACGGAUAUUUGAGCGAACGGAAGUUUGGUCGAAUGGAUGUUUGGUCGAAUUUUUUUUUCAGUUCACACGGUCACACGAUGAAAUUUUCGUCAAAUUUAUUUUUUAACGCAAUGUACUAUAUGACAGGAUUGGACAAUGAGGAAAUAUGCAACUCUUGGUGUGCUCUUUAAGAAUGAACAUAUGGGCGGAGUGACGGAGAAAUAAUUUAGCGGUGGGCGGAGUGACGGAGAAAUAAAUAAACAUACAGUGGGCGGAGUGACGGAGAAAUAAAUAAAUAGACAGUGGGUAGAGUGACAGAGAAAUAAUUGAACAGACAGUGGGCGGAGUAGCGGAGAAAUAAAUAAACAGGCAAUUGGCGGAGUAACGGAGAAAUAAAUAAGCAGACAGUGGGCGUAGUGGUGGAGAAAUAAAUGAACAAAAAUAAGAUACACAAUAUGAUUAUAGAUCUAGGUAAAAACUUGAAGAAAAUGCCCAUUACGAUUAAUUUUCUAUCAACUUUAUAAGAUAAGAUAAGAUAAGAUAUUUUUUUUGAUCCAAAUAAAUGGAAAUAUGUUUUUUCAUUCAUCGUACAUAUUUUUUCAAUCCUGAAAAUGGUUGAGUUUCCCAUUGUUCCUUAAAAUUAGUCUAUAGCAAAAUAUUCGGCAUGUCAUUGUGCGGUAAGAAUGACUGUUGAGUUCUUGAGUGAGAACAGAGCAUUCGAUUUUUGUUCGAACGGAGUUCUUGCUUUUCUUCUCCAAGUUCAUCCAACUUAUAUUAAUAUUAAAAAAAAAAUUAAAAAAAAAAAAAAAAUUAAGUUUAAAUUAUCAAAAAAAUCGAAUCGGUAAAAAAAAAUAUUCAAUGUUUCCAAUAAUUAUGACUAAAAAUCGAUAAGUGAGAAUUAAUCAAUUCCAGUAAACAAAUUCUUAUAGACCAGUUAUGAGUCUGUUCUGGUUCUUCUAAUUAAAAUGUUUAUACUACGCAUCCGAACCCAAUGUAAAUGAUAUCAGUUGUUGCUACUUGUUUUUUCAUAACACAUAUCCUUGAAAAGACCAUUUCACCUCAUCAGCCCAAUUCAACCAACCCAAUCAGGUUGUAGUCAACCAAAUUGGUUCGAAAAUAAAAUUUCAAAUCUGACUUUGUCUUUUCAAAUAAGUCUGGUUUAAUUUCAAAUCUCACACUGACUUUCCAAAUAAGCCUGGUCUAAUUUCAAAUCUCACACUGUUUUUUCCCAACAGGUGUGGUUUCAAAACCGACGAGCAAAAUGGAGAAAGAAGGAGCACACCAAGAAAGGACCAGGAAGACCGGCCCACAACGCACAUCCUCAAACUUGCAGCGGUGAUCCCAUGGACGAGGAGGAGAUACGGAGGCGAGAACAAGAGAGGCUCGAGAAGAAGCGGAGGAAGCAAGAGGAACGGCUGAGGAAGCUGGAAGAGAAGAGGAAGGUCUUGAGCGGCGUCCACGGGUCCGCGAUGUCCAUGGAAGACCGCAAGAGCCGAGCCAUGCGGCUUAACGUGGACAACUUCCUGUCCUCCACGUCAUCAAUGUCCGGCAACGACGCCAGCUGUGAUAGCCUCGCCGAUCACAUGACGGACAGAGCCGACCGCCACCUAGCGGCCAGCUCGAUCAUGUCGGUCUCCUCGAUGCUGAGCCACCCGCCCAGGGCUCACGAGAACCCUUCGAAUACGAACAACGCCAAAUCCUGUGCUUUCAGCAUCGAGCGCCUGCUGGAGGCGCCGAAAGUUCCAAGGGGGAGGCGACCGAACUCUAAAUACCCACUGGUCCAGGCGUGCAAAUCUCUAGGCACCCUGAGUUUAGGACUGCUCCCUUUCUUCCCGAUCACGCAGCCGAUGGGGUUCCUCGUGCAGCAGGUGACGCACAGGGAGAGCAGCCCGCUGACUCCGUUGCUGGAGUCACCGGAACGCGAGGAGUUGGAGUCCAGCAGCGACGGCAACUCGCGUGAGGACCAUUUUUUCGGCCCCGGUAGAACAAAAUCAUUAGGGGCCGCAAGAGACAAAACAACGGACUCACUCUUCGGCCAUUCCUUCAAAACGGAAUCUGAUCGAGCCGCGGCCGAACGGACUGACAUGUUCGACUCUGACAGGGAAGAACAGGGACGGCAUACAGACAGGUACGACGGGUUGACCCCGAGAUGUGAUGGCGACGAUUAUAACAGAUGUGAUACGAAGGAGGGCGCGGACCGGGAUGUCAUGGAGCACGACUUCGUAGGGGUCAAGGCCAUCAACCUCAGCGUGGUGAGUGAUCGCAAUAACAACAGCAGCCGCGGAGAGGAGGAAGGUCAAGGUCGGGAGGCAGACCAAAGCCCAGGACACCGCAGCGGAGACGGUGAUUGGGACGAGGGGGACUGCAGGGAUGACACCAUGGAACUCGAUCUGGAGGUCGCGUAACGUUGGUUUCGCGUGAAGUUACAGUGUUUAUAACACGCAUCAUUCCGUCUGCGAAAUUUAACUAUAGGCUAUGUAAUAUAACUUCACAUUUUCUUAUGAAAUGAAUUGAGCGUUGGUAAAUCAAAAUGAUUAGUGUUUUACCUUACAUUCGAUGUGGUAUAUUGACAUAGCGUUAGCCAAUAGAGCAUUUUUUUGGUUAUAAUGACAGAGACAAAAAAAAGGUCAAUUUAAUUUUUAUGAAGACGGAGAUGUUCCUUUAAAUAGCACCAUGCGUAGUGUACUAGGCUCACUAUAGGGGAUUGAAGAGAUAUAUUUGUAAAAUACCAAAUACUAGAAAUAGCCCGUCAAAUAAUAAUGGCGACAAUGGUUGGACUUCCAAUGUACUAAAGUUACGCGACAAAACAUGCAUUGUCAGGUAACGCUCUUCAUAAGAAUCCAGAAUUUAGUUCUAACGUCUGAGAACUGACCCAGUGCCACAGUCAUGCAUACGGACCUAGAGAAUUAUAAUUUUUUAUUUUUUUAUUUUCAUGUUAAGGAUUAAAUUGCGCGGUGACCCCUUCAGUUUAGAACUUGCUCUUUUGUGUUUAAGUCUUUGGGCUGGGUCGCAGGUUGAAAUUUAGGAGGUCAAACCACGAUGUUCUAGUCAACAGUUUUACGUCUUGAAAUAUGUGUACUUAACUUUUAUGCUUGGCGUGUGGUGAUGGUUUAUGGAUGUGUACAGCUGGAUAUGGACGGCUGGAUGUGUACGCCUGGAUGUGGACGGCUGCAUGUGUGCGGCUAAUUUUUUAGGGCUGAACGAUUUGACGUGACCUGCCUGAUGUGUAAAACAUGUGUACGGCUAGAUGUGCAUAGAUUCAUGAGUUCCACUAAUUUGUAGGUAUGCGUGAGCACCGUGUGAUGUGUACGAUGGAUGUGCACGGCUUGAUGUGUACGGCUUGACGUGUACGCUUUGAUGUCUCCGGCCAGAUGCAAUAGCACGUGUACUGCUUGAUGUGCACGAUGGAUGUGUACGGCUUGAUGGGUACGGCUUGACGUGGACGCUUUGAUGUCUACGGCCAGAUGCAACAGCACGUGUACGGUUUGAUGGGUACGAUGGAUGUGUACGGCUUGAUGGGUACGGCUUGAUGUGUACGACUGAAAGCGUUGGGCUGCGUGUGUGUGUUUGAAAGGCAUGUACGUAGUUGUAAUUUAUGCUGAGCGCGUUCGUUGCUAU